UUUUGUUCUUGUCUGGUCCCCGUGGCUUCCUUCGAAGAUCCCUCAAGUUUCCAAAUUUUGCGUAUUCGCUUCUCUUCAAUGCCUCGAUCGAGAUGUCGAUUUUUUCUUGUUUCCUAUAUCGACUAGGAUUUAUUUUCAUCGUUUUCUCGCGGCCAUAACGUUCUUCCGUGAUUCUUGAUGUUAUUGGAUGAGUUUGCUGGAAUCGGAUUGUUCUUUUAAGUUUAGAAUCGUCGCACCCAAGAAAUCAAGAACAAAGCAAAUCGACAAAGUAGGUCACCUAUUUGAUACAUAUGCAAAUAAGUCAAUAGAUUUGAUUGAUCCAGCAGGAAUUGAAUCCCUUUGUUCAGAUUUAGGUGUGGACCAUACAGAUAUUAAAAUUCUGAUGCUUGCUUGGAAAAUGAAAUCUGAAAAGCAGGGUUACUUUUCUAAGGAUGAGUGGCGAAGAGGCCUCAAAUGUUUAGGGGUUGACACUCUACCUAAAUUGAAAAAAGCAGUCCUUGGGCUGGAUAAAGAGGUUAUGAAAUCAGGCUACUUUGAGGAUUUUUAUAACUUUGCAUUUCAAUAUUGCCUAACAGAGGACAUGCAGAGGAGUGUAGAUAUUGAGACCAUUUGUGAGUUGUUGAAUAUUGUUCUCGGACCCCAAUUUCCCACCCAGGUCAAUUUAUUAGUUGAGUAUCUACAGAUACAAAGUGACUAUAGGGCCGUCAACUUGGAUCAAUGGAGUAGUUUUUACCGUUUCUUUAAGGAGGUAAACUUUUCAGAUCUUGGAAGUUAUGACUCCAUGCUAGCAUGGCCAGUGAUCCUUGACUCUUUUGUUGAAUGGUUGAAAGAGAGAGAAAAUAAAAGCUAAUUUCUUGCUCUUGCAAUUUCCGAUCAUCUUGCACCGCUGAUGAACCAGAAUCCACUUGAAGUAAGAUUUCCAAUUGUAUAUGAAUGUUCCUGAUUGAUACUUUUUGCGGGUUUUUUUCUGCAAAAAGUUUACAUACAGAUCCGAUGUAACAUCGACUUCAUAUAGUGCCAAAAGCUACCUCAAAAUUUCCAGCUGACAUUGAUAUACUCUUGUUAAGAAAUUUUGUUAUGCCAGUUGACAUUCUGUAACAUUUAUUUAUUCACAUGAUAUUUAUUCCAUUCAGGAAGCUUCUUCCCUGUUUGUUCACUGACAUUCUUAUAUAAAAUUGGAAUUAGAAGCUGAAUGUGGAAGAGUA